AAAGUGUGGAGGGCGAAACCCGACAACAACAAUCUAAAAUGAUUUAAAAAAAAAACGAACUUGAAAGUUGAAAUCGUUGACCAACGGAGCUUGCCACGCGCCCACCACACGCAUCAUUUGGACAAAAUCGUUGGUCGAUCAUCUUCUCUCCCUCCUGAUCUAGACUUUCCCGUGAAAAUUCUGUUCGAAGAAAAUGCAUGAUUUCUGCUUCACGAUCCCGUACGGGCUGAUUCUUAUAGCUGGGGGUAUUAUUGGGUAUGUGAAGAGAGGGAGCACAUCAUCGUUGGCCGGUGGAGCUGGCUCUGGAUUGCUGCUCAUUCUUGCUGGUUAUCUGAGUCUCAAGGCUUUCGAGAAGAAGAAGAACUCAUAUUUUGCGCUGGUUCUUGAGACGGUUUGUGCAGCAGCUCUCACAGCUGUCAUGGGACAACGCUACAUUCAGACCUCUAAGAUUAUGCCAGCUGGUAUUGUUGCUGGCCUCAGGUAUGUUUCUGAUGAGCCUGAUCUUUCUCAGUCUGUGGUUAAUUUUGUUAGUUGUAUAUUGCCUUAACAGUAUUUCAUCUGUUACAUAAAUGUGAAUUUCUGAUAAUCUAGUUACUUGAUUCCUGUUUGUAUAAAUGGACAUGAAGAGAGGGAUAUUGUGCAUUUUUCUGCAAGUAAUUCAGGAAAGUGGAUUUCAAAAAAAAAAAAAGAAAAUUUAUUGGAGUUGUAAAUUUGUGGAAAAUUUCCCUGGAUGAGUAUAAAAUUCAUUACCAUGCACGGGAAAUCCAUUCUCUUGUUAUUUUUUCCUAUAUAAAUUCCUGACGUAUCAAUACCUGUGCUUGCAAACGUCCAACUCUGGGAAUUCCUUUUGCUUGAUGAUCUGGGAUUAGUAUAUACUUACUCCCUUAAAUGGAAACUAGAGAAGAUCCUUGUGAUAUCAGACUUGAUUUUUUUCUUCUAAAUUGAUGAGGUUUAUACCUGAUUGAUACCAGGUUGGUACCAUGUUGGUACCCGGUUGGUACCUGGUUGAUUCAACUGUUUUCAAAUUUUGGUUAAAAGAAGAUACAGAUAUGAUGAUCUAUAUGAUAGCAUGGUCAUCCUUUAGAUGAUUAGAUUGUGACACAUUUCUUUUCCCUUGGAAAAUGACAAAGUAGUUUGUUUAGUUGGCAACCUCAACAAGUAUACCGUAUAUGCUAGUGAAUGAACUUCCCCUGCGUCUUCGUUAUUCACAUGAUUUCAUUGCCAAAGGCUUUAAAUUUUUCAUGUUGCAGAUGAUUUCUCAUUUUCCAAC